ACCCCUGCUCACUCACUAGCUAUGGCAAAGAGCACGGGCAAGAGCAAGGGCAAGAGCAAGGGCGGGAAGCGCAGGGCAAAGAUGGCGGUGCCUGGCAAGAAGGGCGACGCGUCGGGCUCGGGCUCGACCACCAUCGUCCUGGCGCUCGUUGUUGCCGCCGUUGCUGUUGCGGCUGCGGUGUAUACGUCGGUCAGAGUGGGGUUGGGAUCGGGCGGAGAUGGCGCUGGUGCUGGCGCUGGUGGGUCUGGUGAGGCUUGGAUUGACAACGCUGGUGAGCUGCCGCGGCCGUCGCGGAACGUGACCAUGUCGCGGAUUGUGCGGACGCCGACGUCUGCCGAGGACGACUGGGGUGUGUGGAAGACGCGCGACUGCGAUGUGCUAGUCGAUGAGUGGCUGUACAAGGUCAGCGUGCCUUUCCGCGGCUACCAUGUGGUGUGCUUCAACCCGGCUGAGCCGGGAUCGGUCUCGGACAAGAUGCCGACCGAGCUGGUGAUGAAGGCGUACCGGGACGGGCAAAAGUCGCGCCAAGUGACGGCGACGGUGUCGGGCAAGUCGACCAAGACGCUCCGGGCCGACAUCACAGCUGCGCUCAAGAUUGCGCCGAUUGAGCCGGGCCGUGAGCACCGGCAGCCGUGGGCGUUCUUUACCAACCAGGCGCGGCGGGCGUCGACCAAGGCGCAGGUCGAACAGGUCAUGCUCCUGUUUGAGGGCGGGCAGUGGCUCUGGCCGGGCAUCGAAAUCGGCCACAUGUGGGAGAUCGAGAACCUUGUUGACGGUGCGCCGAACCUUGUGCUCGAGACACUCGAGCUCCAGCCGCUCGUUCUCUCUGUCCACCACUUCCUCGCCCUCUCCGAGUGCGACUACAUUGUGGGCAAGGCCAAGCCGCACUUUUUCACCUCGGAGGUCGCGCACCAGGACAAAGACAUCGGCAAAGACUCUUCAACAUGGCGCACCUCGGAGCAGCACUGGCUCAAGUCGACGACGCCGGCGCUCAAGUUCAUCGACCGCCGCAUCGAGGAGCUCGUCCGCGUGCCCGAGGCCAACUUUGAGGCCACCCAGGUGCUCCAGUACAUCGGGACCGGCUCGCGCUACGUCAUGCACCACGACUACUUUGACGUCAAUGCGUAUCGGCAGAACGCGCAGCUGCAGCGCGCUUACAAGUACGGUGCCGUCAACCGGCUGGCCACCGUCUUUGAGUACUGCUCAACCGUUCGCAGCGGCGGGCACACCGUCUUUGGCCGCGCCGGCGGCCUCCCGCAGCCAGCCGACUUUGCCGACUGCAACCACGGCCUGCGCGUCGCGCCCGAAAAGGGCCGCGUCAUCAUCUUCUACUCGCUCCAUCCCAACGGCGCCACCGACGAGUUCUCUCUCCACGGCGGUUGUCCGCCACUCCCCAACGACGAUGGCUCAGGCCCAGACAUCAAGCACUCGGCCAACAAGUGGGUUUGGAACGCGCCGACCGGGUUCUGAUCACUGUCAAGCCUCUCCGGCCAGACAAGCUGCCGCAGGUCUUUACAGUCGUAAACUC